GGGGGAGAGGGAGGCGUUCCUCGGGCGGCCGGAGCCUCACCAGUCACUCGGACACGGCGGAGGAGCAGGAGCAGGGCGGGGCGGUGGGAGUCGCCGGCCGCUCGGUUCUUCUCCUUCUUCCCGGAGAGACGCGUCAGCGCAGCGCCCGCCGAGGUGAAGAGCGAGGAAAGGUCUGAUUCCAAAGAAAGGUUUUUAUCUGACGCCUGAAAGUUGGGAAGGGGGCCAUUCUGAUGUCUUUUAGAAGAGAGUUCCAGAGCCACGGAGCAACCACCGAGAAGGCCCUCCCUCUCGUUUCCACCAACUGUAUUUGCGGCCGUGUUGGGACCGAGAGAAGGGCCUCUCCUGCUGAUCUCACAGCUCGUGCAGGUGCUGGCAAAAGAGGCUGGAAAGUAAAGCUUUGCUGCAGGAGUAAACUUUGAAGAACUUUUCAAAGAUAAGAUACCGGAUUGUGAGUGACACCCUGAGAUGUCUGGCUCAUAUGAUGACUCUGUUGGAGUAGAGGUUUCUAGUGAUAGCUUCUGGGAGGUUGGAAACUAUAAGCGGACAGUGAAACGGAUUGAUGAUGGCUAUAGACUUUGUAGUGAUCUUAUGAACUGUAUUCAUGAGCGGGCGAGGAUAGAAAAGGGCUAUGCUCAGCAGUUAACAGAAUGGGCAAAGAGAUGGAAACAGCUUGUAGAAAAAGGGCCACAAUAUGGAACUGUUGAAAAAGCCUGGCAUGCAUUUAUGUCUGAAGCUGAAAAAGUAAGUGAACUACAUUUAGAAGUAAAAGGUGCCCUAAUGAAUGAGGAUUUUGAAAAGAUAAAGAACUGGCAGAAGGACUCAUUUCACAAGCAAAUGAUUGGUGGAUUUAAGGAAACGAAAGAAGCUGAAGAUGGCUUUAGAAAAGCCCAGAAACCGUGGGCGAAAAAGCUAAAAGAGGUGGAAGCUGCUAAGAAAGCAUAUCAUGCAGCCUGUAAGGAAGAAAAACUUGCUGUAUCCAGAGAAACUAAUAGCAAAGCUGACCCAGCCCUUAAUCCAGAACAGCUAAAGAAACUGCAAGACAAAGUAGAUAAAAGUAAACAGGAUGUGCUUAAGACUAAGGAAAAGUAUGAAAAAUCUCUUAAAGACCUUGACAAUACUACACCUCAGUAUAUGGAAAACAUGGAACAAGUUUUUGAGCAGUGUCAGCAGUUUGAGGAGAAACGGCUCCGUUUUUUCAGAGAAGUGUUAUUGGAAGUUCAAAAACAUCUUGACUUAUCUACUGUUGCAAGUUAUAAAAAUAUCUAUCGUGAAUUGGAGCAGAACAUUAAAGUAGCAGAUGCUAUUGAAGAUUUAAGAUGGUUCAGAGCUAAUCAUGGCCCAGGCAUGUCAAUGAACUGGCCCCAGUUUGAGGACUGGUCUGCUGAUCUGAACCGCACUCUCAGUAGGAGAGAGAAGAAAAAAGCUUCAGAUGGAGUGACUUUGACUGGUAUUAACCAGACAGGAGAUCAGGUUUCACAGCAGAAAAAUAGCAGCAACCUUAGUGUCCCGAGUAACUCAGUGCAGUCAGUACAGUCAAGUUACAAUCCCUUUGAAGAUGAAGAGGAUACUGGAAGUACUGUCAGUGAGAAGGAGGACAAUAAAAUCAAAAAUGUUAGUAGUUAUGAGAAAAGCUAUGGGGCAGAGUGGUCCGAUGAAGAGACAAACAACCCAUUUUCAUCCAAUGAUGCUCAAGGAGAAACUAAUCCAUUUGAUGAAGAGGCUUCACCUACAACAGAAGUGAGAGUGCGGGCACUGUACGAUUAUGAAGGUCAAGAGCAUGAUGAACUCAGCUUUAAGACUGGGGAAGAGCUAACUAAAAUAGAAGAUGAAGAUGAACAAGGCUGGUGCAAAGGUCGCCUGGACAAUGGACAAGUUGGCCUCUAUCCAGCAAACUACGUGGAGCCAAUCCAGUGAUGCAUAUUUAACAGUGCUGCAGUAUCUGUCCUCCAGUGAGAUGCUAGAGGGGAUCUGGUAGAACUGUGUAUGUAUUUCUUUUAAUGCAGCUGAAUGAUGGAUUGAUAACUUUCUUCUCUGGGGAGUCAUCUGAUGAUUGAAGCUGAAAUUGGAAGAUAGGUAACCUAUAUGCAGCACAAACAACAAGACAGGAAAGAAAGUAGUGCAAGCAGGAAAAAAAGAUUUUUAGCAUCUGUUGCCAGUUCAGUUUUAUCAUGGCAUUUGUAUAUUAAGAUUUUGGUGAGUUUAUGCCCCAACCCAGUAUUCUGGUUGGUGGUUUAUUUUGGCUCCUACUUAAAUCAGCUAUUUUAAGUGACCUUCUGUAAUUUGCAAUUUGAUUUUUUUAAAGGAUUGCAAUUUUUGUAUCUAUUCUUAGCAAUAUUUGAAAGAUGCAUUUUUUAUUUAAAGGCUAUUUAGUGUGCCAUUUCUCUAUAUGUGGUUCACUGACAGUUACUACUUAAAUUAUGAUUCAGAUGUAUUCGCCAGUCCACACUGUACUGUUAUCUUUUUCAUGCUGUUGGCAUGCCAUAAUGGUGUAAAUGCCAUAUUGUGCCUGCUGCGGAACAGGGUAUCAGGAUUAUCUGGAUUAUUAAGGUUGAAGUUUCUCUUGUGAAUGCUGUUCAUGCAUUUGGCCACCUGAAAAAUGAUGACUCAAGGAAGAUUUCUAAAAAUAAAAUAUUUAAAUCAUUCCCCUUCAUAUUCUUGUUGACCAACUUAACAUUUUGCAAGUUGUUAAUGAUUUUGUAUGAUUUUGAAAGUUGACCAUAUAUGAAGAUUAUUUUUUCAUGCAAAGAGACUGUAAAAAUAGAUGAGUGCUUUUUAUUGAUAUGCUCUUUUAGUUGUGUAUAUGUAUAUAUAAUUUGAUAUUCAAAUAUUUUAAGAGCAUGUCCUAAUUAGCCUAUUGUCUAUGCAUUAGAUUUCAUGUAAAGUAUUAGCACCAGUAAAUCAAUGUGAGUUUACUAUUAAAUUCUGAUGGAUUUUAGUAAACUACACAAUUUAAAUGACAGACUUACUCAAAUUUGCUUUAUCAGUAGAUAAUUGUUUAGCUGUAAAACAAAUCAACUGCUCAGUCCAUUCCAUUGUGAAUGUAGCACUUUCAGAACAUAACCUGGGCUGUAUUGUACAUUCUUGGGAUCGCUCUAAGGCACUGCAUCCUCGGCACCCUGGAAUGAAACCUAUGUAUUCUAUAAUCCAGACUCCUAAAAAAAGUGAAAAUAAUAGUUAUAUCCUAAGAUUUAUAUUUGUUAAUGAAGUUGUGAAUCCAAAUACAGACUAGCAUUAGCCCCACUGUGGAUUAUUGUAGCAGAACACUGUAAAAUCUUCUACUUAUUUGCAAUUGCGAAUCGGCUAUAAAUCAUAAACAUUUGUAGGCAAAUUGAAUAGCUGGAUUGUGAACAUAUUAGAGCAAGUUGCUUUAUAGAAAACCUAAAUUUUAUUAGGGACCUGCAACACAAUUGAAAUAACCUUUUGACAGUUAAAAUGCUGUAAGUGCUUCCUGGCUAUUCCAUUUGCUUUUGGUGAUUGAAUUAUUUAUUAACAUCUUGAAGUUCAAUUGUACAAGCUUGAAUAUUGGGAUCUCUGUCUUGGUAUUAUUCCAGCAUAAUUCACAGAAAUUGAAGAUUUGGGCAGAAAUAAGUCUGGAAUAUUUUUCUGUAUAGUAUACUAUUUUAAAAAUAAAAUCUUAAACAUAUUGAACACGG